CAUACAUUCGCAUUUCCACUAGCCUCACUCACCCUCAUCAUGCAUUUUGAAGCCCCAGAGCUCCCUAAGCUAGUCCUCAGGGGUUCUCCCAAGGAGAUCGGUCUUGAACAUGGCCACCGCCUCCAGAAGCAGAUUAAGUCCCAAAUACGCAUCUAUGAGGAAAUCUUUGAGUACAAUACAAAAAUGAAUUGGCCCACUGUCCUUCAACUUGCAGAGGAGUUCAGAGCUUCCCUGGAACAAAAAACGCCUGAGCUAUAUGCUGAGAUGCAGGGAAUAGCCGAGGGGGCCGGAGUGGAUACUCUAGAUAUUGUAGCGUUGAACUGUCGAAGUGAAAUAUCAUUUGGAAGCUUCUCAGAUGGAUGCACAAGUCUCUCGUGGAAGAAGAAUGACGACGCGAGAGUAUUGGCGCAGAACUGGGAUUGGACCGCUAACAUUCAAGAGAAUCUAGCCUUGAUGGACAUUGAGUUGUCUGGGAAGCCGAGAAUCUACAUGAUCACUGAGGCAGGCAUCAUAGGCAAGAUCGGAUUCAAUAAUAAUGGAGUCGGGGCGUGCCUCAACGCUAUAAAGGCACGACCAUGCAUUAGCUCCAAGCUUCCGAUCCAUGUAGCUCUGCGCUUAUGUUUAGAGAGUACUUCCGUUGAAAGUGCAUUGCGGUCUAUCUCAUUCCUGGGAGGUGUUGCUUCGAGUCAACACAUUCUGAUUGCUGACAGAACGGCAUCACUUGGCCUGGAACUCUCUCCCUUAGGAGACGUGCAUCUUAAGGAGGAUGAAUAUGGCAUGAUUAUGCAUACCAAUCACUUUAUUGAGAAUAGGAAUGUGACAGAACCCUCGUGGUCCAAGAGUUCACCUCUCCGUUUAGAACGAGUUGGACAGCUUGCUCACGAGCUGGCUGAUAACGGUAUCCAAGGAAACUUGAUCACGCCUACCUUACUGCGAGAGCACAUCUUCUCCGACACCUGCUAUACGCCACAUUCCAUUUGCUCACCUGGGGACCCUGAUGUUCACCAAACAGUGCGCACUUCUACAUUGUUCAAUAUCGUGAUGGAUCUAGACCAGCAGAGCCUUGGGGCGGAGGUUGUUGUUGGUCAACCAGGAUCUGGCAAGGAAAGUGCAGUAAUUACGUUGCCUUGGGCAUAAACCUGCCGUGAAUCCCCAGUAUGUACUUAUCGGCCUCUGCUUGUUCUGCAUCGCAUGAGUACAAGGAUUUUCACUACCACUGCUGGGGUUCUUGCGCCUUUUAGUGCAUAGGGGAAUAGGUAUAUACCACGUCGCGGUGAUUUCCUUUGUCAUCUUGGGGGACAAAGUGAAGCAGGUAAGGUUUGCUGCACUUGAAC